GGGGAAACGUCAGGGAAGGGGGGGUCCAGUCUUGGGGGCGGGAAUUGACUCUUUUAGGGUUCAGAUCGUCUGGAGGCACGGAGGAAUAAGCGAAUUUCCCAGGCUUCAGUACUCAUCGGAUGUGCAAUCUCAUUGUUGUCUGCUCUAACUGCCCUACAGAAUUGAAGAAGUGUUUUCUUCAAGUGUCAGUGAAAAUAUUUUCCAGCAGAGAAGAUAAGACCAUGUCUUGCACUUAAAAAAAAAUUCCUGGGGGAUGCUGCAUAGUUUAGUGGAUUGAGAGCCAGACCUAGAAACUGGAGGUCCUGGGUUCAAAUCAGACCUCAGAUACUUCCUAGCUGUGUGACCUUGGGCAAGUUACUUGACUCUCAUUGCCUAGCCCUCUUCUUCCUUAAAACCAAUACACAGUAUUUAUUCUAAGAUGGAAGUGAAAUGUUUAAGAAUAAUAUUGUUGACCAGCAGUUAAGCCUGAAAGCUCUAAUUAAAAAUGUGGAGAAAAUAUCUUUGGAUCUGAAGAAGAUGGAUGAGCUCAGCAAGUUACUUCUCUGUGACCUUAUUUUGCAAUUUAGUCAACCUAUGAAGACAGAAGUUAUAGCAGAAGUAGAAGAAAACAACAUUGUUUCUGAAGAGUUUAAAAUGUCGAAUAAUUUAGAGUUACUUCCUAUUUUGAGCAAUGAUGUCUGACAUGUUAAAAGACAAGAAUUUUCCAUUUGUUUCCAAAUUGUUAAGUUAUAUGUAUGAGUUUUAUUGUUGAAUUAAAAUAUUAAAGAUGUUAAAACUUUUAUGAAAUAAUAUUUUAACUGAAACUCAUUUGAAAAAUAUUUUUUUUAUUAUUUAGUAGUACUUUCCUUUUCAACUGAUAUUUUUUUUAAAAAACAGAAGCUAAAUCAAUAAAUGAUAUGAAAUUAUCCAUGGGACAAAGAAUUUGACCCUUUAUGGACCUGUUGCAAUUAUUAUUUUUCACUUUUAGUAAUGAUGUCCAAACUUCCAUGUGUCCCCAAAUUCAUCUGACAAACAUUGUUCCUCGCAGUUAAUUUGAAUCCUGUAGUACAUUGGGCAGAAUGCUGGAUUUGAGGUUUAAAAACCUUGAUUCCAGCACUUUGCUAUAUACUGCCUUUGGGGCAUUUGAGAAGGCAUUUCACCCCUCUGGGCCUCACUUUUUUCUCAUCUGCAAAAUAAGAGAAAUGGUUUAGGUGAUCUCCAAUGUUCCUUCACACCAUACACUUAUGCUCUGUUGGUAUCAUUAUAGAUAUUAGUAGUGGAGGAGUAGCACCAAAGGUCUAGAUAAAUAGACAAGUUCAGUUCACGCAUUAAACCCACACACAACCAAAAGUUCAUUGACUGUAUGGCUGGUUAGAGUUCUGUAGCCUAUCUAUACAACAAACAGACCCUGAGAAUCCUCUAAAUGUAAUGACUCCCAUUUUGAGAAACUGACUUAAUAGUUCAUUUUCUUGAGCCAUACCAUCUUUACAAUGAGUUAAAUAUUAUUGUAUAUCUAUUACUGUACAUUCAUAUCACUUGAGAAAGCUUGCUUACUAUCAAUUUCAAGACAAAAGGUAAGGAUAUUUAAAAAUACUUUUUAGAAUUAGAAGAGACCUUAGAAACCUUAUUGCCCAAUAUCCUUAUUUACAAUAAUAGAUAAGCCACAAUUCAGUCUUUGCUCAAAUAAGAGUCAGUAUGGUAUUCAAUGAUUCAUUCAUUUAAUGAGCAUUUAUUAAGCUACGGUUGUGUAGAAGAUGUUGUUCUACAUAUUAGGAAUACAAAGACAAAAAUUACUUUGGAAGAAUCUUUACUUCUUUUUUCAGAAAGUUUAUGUAGUAUUGGAAUUAAUUAUUUUAAACUGUUUUAUAGAAUAUAAAUCCAUCUGUUCCUGGGAUUUAUUUUUCCUCUGGAAGUUCAUUUGUAGCUUGUUCAAUUUCUUUUUUCCAAAAAUAGGAUUAUUCAAGUGUUCUAUAUCCUAUUUUAUUAAUUUGAGCAAUCAUUUUUGUCAAUAUUCAUCUGUUUUAUAUAAAUUGUCAGAUUUAUUGUGAAAUGGUCAAAAUAACUCCUUUUUCCCUCCAUUGGUUAUGAAUUUAUCUUUUUCAUUUGUUAUAUUUUGAUUUGAUUUUCUUCUUUCUAUUUUUAAGUUAACUAGUAGAUUUUUUUUCAAACCCUUACCUACUGAAAAUCCUACUUUUAUUCAUUUAAAAAAAACAAUGGUUUUAUUAAUCACUGCUUUGAUUUUUCAGGCUUUCUUAAAUAUGGAAUGUGAGGAGGUUAACUUGUUGAUUUAUUUGUUAUUUUUUUAGUUGCAUCCCCAAGUUGUUAAUUUGCUCUUUCUCUCUUUUACUGAUAAAAAUUUCAAGACAUCAUUUUCUCCUUAGUAAAUACUUUGCAUCACACAAAUUUUUGUAUUUUUGUAUCAUUGUUGUCAUUUCUUUAAUUAAAUUAUAUUGUUUUAGUAGUUUUUUCUUUGAUUUAUGCAUUCUUCAGGAUUAAUCUAUUUAGUUUACAACUAAUUUUUAAUAUUUUCUAG